AUGAACAAUGGUUCUUUGCCUAUAAAAGGCAAUCAUUCUCGAACAACAACAUCGAUAACCGAUCCAUCAUUACGAGCAUCACUAAUACGAACUUCCAAUCAAGACACUCCAUCCCAUUUAGCUGACGUUUCAAUUCUAUCUGUUGAUCUAACACGUUUUCAGCGUCACGAUCACGGCAUGUUAACUGAUGAUGACGAUGAUAAUGAAAUCAUCGAAACUAGUGAUGAAGAAGAUGAUGACGAUGAUGAUCAACGAUUUGCAAAUCAUUCGCGAACGACAUUAUUAAAUAAUACAAAUCACAAUAGUGACGAUAUGGAUCUCGAUUUAAUUGAUCCUGAUACUCAAGCAAAACUAGCUGCUAUCCUUGAAGCUACCGGUAUAACGAAUUCUCCAAUUCCAGAAGAUUUCUGGCGUGACCAACAGGUUGUACGUUUAUUGACAAGUAGUGUGACAAAUAAUCUAAAUGAUUUACACGAAAUUGCCAAUGCAAUGUCAUCAUCGAAUGCAAAUCUCAUUUCACAUCAAGACAAAAGUUCGAAAUCGAUAAGCAAAGACACAUCUGAAACAUUUGUUCGUGCUUGCGUUGAUAAUGACAUUCAUACUGUUGAAAAAAUUCUUCGAACCACCAACGGAAAAGAACAUUUGAAUGAUGUGAAUGAAGAUGGUGAUAGUGUCUUAGCUCUUGCAUGUUCGAAUGGACAUACAGAUCUCGUCCGAUUAUUGCUCACAACUAUACCCGAUAUUGAUAUCGAUGAUCGAGGAACAAAACAAGACUGUACGCCAUUGAUGGAAGCAUGUAAUGCUGGUCAUUAUGAAGUUGUUGAACUUUUGUUGCGACAUAAUGCAAAUGUAAAUAUGCAAUCAACAUCGGGAAAUACCGCACUACAUUAUUCAGCAGGAGGAGGUUAUGCGGACAUCGUUCGACUUCUACUUGAACAUGGUGCCAAAGUAGAAGAAACGAAUGAAAACGGACAUACUCCUCUGAUGGAAGCAGCCAGUGGUGGUCAUGUCGAAGUUGCCCGUGCAUUACUUGAUCAUGGUGCUGGUGUGAACACACAUUCGAAUGACUCGAAAGAUAAAAAUGGAAAUGAUGGUAAACAACAUAAAACAGACGAGAUGCAUACAGCUUUAAUGGAAGCGUGUAUGGAUGGUCAUGUUCAAGUAGCCAAACUCUUACUUGAUCAUGGUGCAGACGUUAAUAUGCCACCAGAUAGUUACGAAAGUCCACUGACAUUAAGUGCGUGUGGUGGUCAUAUCGAAUUAGCUUCGUUAUUGAUUGAACGAGGUGCUAAUUUGGAAGAAGUAAACGAUGAAGGAUACACACCAUUAAUGGAAGCUAGUCGAGAAGGACACGAUGAUCUUGUAAAUUUACUUGUUUCAAGAGGUGCUGACGUUAACCGAACAACUGAUGAUACACAAGAGACUGCAUUAACAUUAGCAUGUGCUGGUGGUUUUUUGGAUGUGGCAAAAAUCCUUAUAUCUCAUGGUGCAAAUGUUAAUUUAGGCCAGUCAACUCCUCUAAUGGAAGCUUCUCAAGAAGGUCAUACCGAAUUAGUCCAAUAUCUCAUACAAAAUAAUGCUGAUGUGAAUCAAACAACAUCAGCUGGAGAAACUGCUUUGGCGUAUGCAUGUGAAAGUGGACGUACUGAAGUAGCAGAGAUUCUUCUCAAUUCCGGUGCACAUAUCGAUCAAACUGAAAAUGAAGGACGAACACCAUUGAUGAAAGCCGCUCGAGCUGGACAUACAUGUACAGUACGAUAUUUGAUUUCGAAAGGAGCGGAUGUUAAUCGAUCAACAAAUAGUAAUGAUUCAACUGUUCUUUCAUUGGCAUGCGCCGGUGGUCAUCUAGAAGUAGCUGCUCUUUUACUGAAACAUGGUUCUGAUCCCAAUCAUCUUCUUAAAGAUCGAUCGAACUGCUUGAUUGAAGCCGCGAAGGGUGGUCAUACAGAAAUAGUAAAGUUAUUACUUGAAUAUCCUAAAAGUGUUACACAACGAACAAGUACGAUAAAUUCGAUUGAGCCUUUGACGAAUAUAGAUAAUGAAGAAGAAGGCGAAGAAGAAGAUGGGUCAACACCAGUCAUACCAAAUUCUGUAUCAGGAGAUAAUAAACAAUCUUCUCAAACAACCAACUCACCCAUUCAAUUACUUAAAAGUUUGCAAAAAAUAGUUCCAAGAAAUAUUCUUGAUGUUCUUCAAACUGGCGUCAAUGAAUCAAUCAAAUUACACACUGAUAAUGAAACAAAAGAUAAUCCCAUACAAUCAUGGUCGACGAACAAUAUUCGAUCAUCAUCGCCUCACCUAAUCGAUGACAAAUCUCAACAGGUAUCAACACCUGCCAAUCCGAAUCCCGAAGUGAUUAACAUUCAACAAGCAAAGAAACUUCAGAUACUUGAGCAACUUCAACAUGUUGAAAAAGAACUACAUGAUAAGGCUCAACAACAUUUGAAAAUCAAUCAAGAAUAUCGACAACAUGUUAAUGAAUAUAUUUUAUCUAAUCCAACUCUACCUUCGUCUUCUUCUUCUUCUUCUUCUUCAACAGCGACCGCAGGUAAAAAGAAGCGAACAACAUCAUCAUCGUCAACAUCCAGUUCAUCAUCAGCGACUUCUUCAUCGUCAUCAGCAGCUAAACACGAUGAGCAACUCUCUACCAACCUACCAUUGUCCCUUCCGCCACAAACUAUUAACUUUUUCUCAUCACCAACGGCUGAAUCGAACUCUUCAACAUUGACUAAUCUUCGUCCAUCCAAUAAAUCCAAUCUACCGACCUCUCACCACAGUCAAUAUCAGCAUAAAACAAAAAAGUCUUUCAAUCGACAGUUAACUAAAUUCGAUCGCCGACUAGAACAACAUUUACAUGAUAAUCAAUCCAAUUUAGACGAAAUGAAUCUUCAUUUCACUAAUUUGAAACUGCUUUCUUCUACACAAACACCAACUCCAUCUCCUCUCUCGUCAUCGGAUUGUUCAACAGUAUCCAGCCCAUCGAAAAUAUCUAUGCGCAUCAAUACAGACACACAAAAAGCUCUUGAACACUUACGAGAAUUAGCAAGUAAUCCAUCAGCAUUGGAGCAAAUACAAACUCUAACAAACAAUCCAAAUUUGAUGCAUCAAAUUAAAAAAAUCGCCAAUCAGUCGUUCAUUGAACAAUUGAAGAUCUUGCCUCCAUUUGCACCUGCGAAUUUAUCGCACACUACGAAUGAGUCGACGUCGCCUUCAACUAUAGACAACAAACCUUCUAACGAAAAUCAUGAACAGAUACAAACACAUGUAGAACCAGUUACUCUGUCACGAUCGAACUCAACAGUACAAUCAGUGAUACCCUUAACUCAAAUAUCCUUUCCACAACAACAACAACAGUCGUCAACUCUUCAGAGUUCGAUCAAAGAAAACAUUCAACAGUCGACAUUAGCAAACGAUCUUCCAUCUCCUCCCUCUUUGCCGAACGGAACUAACGUUUCGCAUUCGAUGUGUUGCGCCGAAUGUCCAUCUCAUGGAUCGAACAUUCUAAAUACAACGUUAUCUCAUCUACGGUUUCAAAAUCGAAUUAAUGUCGAUUGUGAAACAGAAUCGAAUCGUGAUACAGCAUUAACUCUAUCAUGUGCUGGCGGCCAUGAAGAACUUGUUUCAUUGCUAUUACAACGUGGUGCCAAUAUCGAACAUCGUGAUAAAAAAGGUUUUACACCACUGAUCUUAGCAGCCACUGCGGGCCAUGCAAACAUUGUUGCAAGAUUACUUGACAAUGGAGCCGUGAUUGAAGCGCAGUCAGAGAGAACAAAAGACACGGCACUCUCAUUAGCAUGCAGCGGUGGACGGCAGGAAGUGGUUGAAGUUUUGUUGAAGAAAGGAGCAAAUCGGGAACAUCGAAAUGUUUCAGAUUAUACUGCUUUGAGUCUUGCUGCAUCUGGUGGUUAUGUAAAUAUAAUUCGACUGUUAUUAAAUUAUGGUGCCGAGAUUAAUUCCAGGACGGGGAGUAAAUUAGGAAUAACACCAUUGAUGCUUGCUUCUAUGAAUGGACACGUCGCUGCUGUUAAACUUCUGCUAGAUAUGGGUUCAGAUAUCAAUGCACAGAUUGAAACGAAUCGAAAUACAGCGUUGACACUGGCGUGUUUUCAAGGUCGAGCGGAAGUGGUAUCUCUAUUAGUAGAUCGUAAAGCGAAUAUCGAACAUAGAGCAAAAACCGGAUUGACGCCUUUAAUGGAAUCUGCAUCCGGUGGUUAUGUGGAUGUGGGCCGUGUACUAUUAGAGCGCGGAGCCGAUGUCAAUGCAUUACCAGUUCCGACAUCGAAAGAUACCGCAUUAACUAUUGCUGCUGACAAAGGUCAUCAUAAGUUCGUUGAACUAUUACUUCUCUAUGGUGCGACAAUUGACGUUCGAAACAAAAAAGGUGCUACACCACUGUGGCUGGCUUGUAACAAUGGCCAUCUCGAAGCUGUUCAGUUGCUGGUUUCGCGAUUUGCUGAUCCAGACUCCAGUGACUUACGAAAGGUGUCCUGUUUAAUGGCUGCUUUUCGUAAAGGACAUACUAAAGUGGUAAAAUACUUAGUUCGUCAAGUCCGACAGUUUCCAUCCGAUGCCGAUUGUCGACGACUAAUCAGUACGAUUACUGAUAAAGAUUUAUUAAAGAAAUGUCAAGCAUGUAUGGAUCAGAUUAUUUCAGCGAAAGAACGACAAGCGGCCGAGGCAAAUAAAGCUGCAAACAACCUAUUGAAAGAAAUUGAUUUAGAAAAAACUCGCGAAGAAACACGAAAAGUUGCAGCUGCAAAAAAACGUGAGAAACGUAAAGCUAAAAAGAAAGGUAAACAAAAGUCGACAGCACAAACUGAUGAACAGCAUCAGCCACAAGAAAUCGAAGAAGCCGAAGAAGAACAUAAUGAAAACGAAGAACCAUUUCAUGAAGAAAUUCAUCCACCAUUAGAGACAACAGCAGCCACUAUACUUGUUGUUGAUGAUGAUCUUCGAUUGAAGAUGGUUACGUCCGAAAGCGAACAGGCGUCAAGAAAAUCUCCUCCACCUGAACCCAUCACAUCAACUCCAUUACUACCACCUACUUCCCUUCUGCCACCAACUCCUUCGGUUGCAGUGUCGAAACAGCCGACGAAUAGUAAUAAUAAAAAGAAAACGAGCACAAUGACACGUAAGAUUGAACGACAUCAAGAAAAUCUCGCAUCUAAAAGUAAACAGCAAGAAACAUCGUCAACAGCCAGUACAGCAACUGUACCGAUCGUGGACGACGGCUGGCAAGAAGUCAUCGGCAAACAGAAGAAAAUAACUAUUCCACACGAGCACUAUUUACGCAUUGUAGGACGAAAUGGAUCGAAUUUAAAUGCUUUACGAGAAGCUACUGGUGCAUCGAUCGAUGUCGAAAACAAACGAGCUGUCGGCGAUAAAACAAUUCUAAUCAAAGGGAAUGGUGAUUCAAUUAAACAUGCAUAUCAAUUGUUAACUGCUCUGUUGAAAGAUGUGGACACGGACUUAGUGAAUCUCUUGUCAUCAAAUACUGAAAGUCAAAAAAUGAAAUCAAGAUCAACUACAGUAACAUCUACAAACGAAAAUAAUAAUAGUGAAGAGACAGCAAAAACUCAAAGAGCGAGUAGCACAAAUUAUGGAUCAAGACUACAGAAUAACGACUUGUCAACACCAGAAACAUAUGCGUCGACUCCGAGCUCUAAGCCAACAAUGAGUAAUAGUCGUUCGUCAAGUAAAAAAGUAGCGACCACCAACUCGACUCGGUCAACAUCCUCCUCAUCAUCAUCGGUAACCAAAACAUAUCAACCAUUAACAGCGACUGGUGCAACAUGGGUGAACUCGAACCGUUUAAAUCGCGGUACAUCUUCAUCGUCGACAACAAACACAUCAGCAUUAAAUAUGACGAUAACAGCAUGGAAUCAUCCACAGAUUCCAUCAAAAUCUCCUUCCGUGCAUAAUAAAACAUCGAAUGCCUCCUCAUCAGUUUACCACAAUUCAUAUUCCAGUAUGAAUUCAAGUAAUAAUCACAGUAAUUAUGGUCGCACAAAUAAGCAAGGUACAUCCUCAAGUAAACCUUAUACUACAAAUCAUCAACAGAAAGCGGACUACACGCCAUCGAAUGAGACGACUCUUGUCCACCCACCCUCGACACCCCUCAUUCCAUCACAACCAGGUGUUCGAAUGCCGACUCUAUCGACAUUGUCGACUACAUGUGAUUCCGUACCGUCAGCACUGCUUUCAGCAUCGUCUUCUUCUUUACUUGUUGUUUCAUCUGCUACACCUACUCCGACAAACGUGUCGAAACCGGGUGAAUACAAUCCAUUCGCUUCGAAUAUUCUAACAACAUCAAUUGUUGAUGUAUUAACUAAAACCAGGGAACCGACUACAUCUGUCGAUGAAUCCAAUUUAAGCCCAUCAACGAAAAUGAAUUUUGCUAAUGUGGCAAAAAUGAAUGUGCCAACAAGAGCUACUCAUCAAGAGCCAGUUGCUGUCACUAUGAAUGAGCCAACUUCACAGCCACCACCGCCUGAUCCCAAGAUUGCUCCUGGUUAUCGCGGUCCAUCAAGUACGAGAACAACACCAGUGCACCACCAACAUCAUUGCCAACAGCCGCAACCAAUCAUUCAUUCAACUAAUUAUGAUUCACUUUCACCUACAUCACAACUGAGUCGUGCACCUGGCGCAAAUCGGCACCAACAGUCAAUAUCACCAUCGAUGAACAAAGUACGUCUUGAUCAAAAUGGUCACACAGGUUCAUCAACGACUUCAUCGACUUCUUCAUCACCAUCGUCAAUAAAACAACAAACAAAUCAACUUAUUCCACCUCAACAACUGUUUGCAUCAGUUGAUCAACAACAACAACAACAACACCAACCAUUUGGACCUAUUGGAGCUCAUCGUCCAGCCAUGCCACUUACCGCUGAUGUAUCAUAUACAGACAGUCCACUUCAAAUGAGAGCAAAAUUCAAUCGAACAUUAUCGGCAAAUAGUACACCAAUGUAUCAGCAAGUAAUACAACCGACAUCAUCAUCGUCAUCACAACCACCCCCACUAUCGUCAAUGACGCUGAACAAUCCAGCAUAUGCAAAUAUGUCACGGAGUCGAUCGAAUCUCAAUCCGAGCGCACCAGAAUUUCAACACUGUAAUCGUCUACCGUCCCCGUUUAUGCCAACACCAUUAGUGCCCCCGACGCUUCCAUCACAAGCAGCUAUCUCCAGUGGACCACUAUCGGCCAAUAUUAUGAAUAUUGUUCGUAUGAUGGAACAGAAGCAGCAGCAGCAACAACAACAACAGCUAUAUCCAAAUAAUCCAACCAUGCCAGUACCGCCAUUGCCUGUACAACCGGUUAUUGCACCACAGGUAAUGACGCCUCCGCGCUUAGUACAGCCAGUAGAUAUGGAAGCAAUGCAACAACAUGUACAAAAUCAAGUGUUACACUUUUGGCGUCCACCUCUAAACCAACAGCAGAUGGUACAGCCAGCACCACCUCCACCACAACUACUGACAACAUUGCAAAUCGCUAAUAUUUUGGCAUCCAAGGGGCAAUUACCACAAGAUCCAAAUCAAGCAGCAGCACUUGUUGCGGCUUACUAUACAAAUCUGAUAUCAAGAACGCAGCAGCAACAGCAACAACAACAACAGCCGCCACCACCACCACUACCACCUCAACCAAAUAAUAUUCCAGCAUCGUCAAAUGUAAAUAAAGUUGUCUAUGAGACGAUCAAUACACAACCAGUACCCACUUCAAACAGUGAUGAUAUACCACUAAACACAGUCGAUUCAAUCAAUGGACAAACUAAGCCUCAAGUUAUCGUCGAUCCGAAUGUUAUCCUUGCCAAUAGUAAUCAUUCAACCGGUCCUUCUUCAUCCGCAUCGUCAACUGCCAAUGUCGAUCACAAAAUGAUACCAGCUGCGAUCGGUAGUGAACGUAAACGACAUAUACCUGCAUCGACUAUCAAUGGUCCGAUGCCGAUCGCUGGUGCUAACGAUUGGUCAUCUGUUCAGAAACAACCGUAUCCGAUCGAUCCCUAUUUACAACAGCAACAACCUCAAGUUUCUCUCUCGUCUGAAUAUCAACAACAACAGCCGUCGCGUGAUUAUACGCGCUAA